AUGGCCUCGUCGCAGUCUGCUUCUGCUGUCAACAAGCCUAAGAGCGCGAGGAAGUCGUUGCUAUACGAGGGCAGGCGUGAGCGCGAGUUCUACCGAUACUACCAACCCAUUCGCGAGCUGACCAAGGCUGGACCGCCAUUAUGCGACUUGUCCGACGAGAAGGCUGUCGAGGCCCAUCGGCCAUUCUCGUCACCAGAUCACGCCUUGACUGCGUUCUGUCAACUCGGGGCAUUAAGAUUGGGGACCCGCCGGGCCAUGCUGUUCUUCUUUGACUCCAACUAUGCCUAUGUUCUAGCCGAAGCUACGCGAUCUCUCAGCCUUCAGGAUGAUUCCGUUCAUGGACAGGAGGAUGACCUUUGGCUGGGCCACACCGUCAUCCUUCGUGGCUAUUCCGUCUGCGAAGCCACUGUAAUGCUGCCGCACAACGAGGGUUCCAAUAAGGAGGAGCCCAGUGCCAGCAUCGCCCACGUUGUGAAUGACCUGAGCGACGACACCAGGUUCUGCGACCGGCCCUUUGUUACACAUGGACCAAAGGCACGUUUCUAUGCAGGAGUGCCAAUUACGACUCCACGAGGCAUCAACAUCGGGGCUUACUGCGUUUUGGACGACAAGAAGCGCGACGGACUAGACGAUGCGAGUGUCUCAUUUCUUCGUGAUAUGGCUGCAACCGUGAUGACUCAUUUGGAGAUGGUUCGUGCAACUGCAGGGCACAAAGUCGGCACAUCGAUGAUCGCUGGUCUGGGUGCUUUCAUCGAUGGUGCAUCUGGUUUUCGCGACUGGGCCGCGCAAAAUGCAGACUGGAAUCUGGACGAGGACCCAAAUAUAUCUCACCCGCUUGGUAUACAACCAAUGACUGUCGAAACAUCUGCCGUCGCACAAGCCGCAAAGCAAGCCGGCGAACAAAUGGAAGAUGAGCGGAGACGAAGUGUGACACGUUCAUCUCCAGCACCGCAGCGCUCUCGAGGGUCUACUAUCACGAGCUCACCGAGCAGAGGGCCGCAGAUCCUCAAUCCGAGGACCUUGAAAGGCAAGAAAAGUGCGGACAGCUUCGAGGAUCCGGUUGCACAAAAUAUGCAAAGAACCUUCGAGAGAGCCGCUACGUUAGUGAGAGAGGCCAUGAACGUUGACGGCGUCAUCUUCCUCGAUGCCGCGGUUGGGACCUUUGGAGGUCUCGUGGAACAUCCUGAUUCCCUCAGCAACACCGAGCAGAGCUCUGACUGCCACAACAGUGCGGCGGAAACCACGACUGGUACUGACGUGGACGAGAAAAUUACUAAAAACAACGAUCAGCUUCCCAGGCUCUGUCACACUCUUGCUUAUUCCUUCAACACCCAGGCCAUUUCCAACCUCGAAAAGAAUAUGAAUACGAUCAAGCGACCUGGAGAUAUAACUGAGAAAUUCUUGCGCUCUUUGUUGCGAAGAUACCCUCGAGGAAAGAUCUGGAGUUUCAACGAGUAUGGCGACGCCUCGUCCGACGACGAAUCCUCCGAAGGUAACACCGAUGGAGGACUGUUUCCGUGUUGUUCUAAGGCGUCCAACAGCGAUCAUGGCGCUUCUUGUCCCAAGAGACAUAAAAAGAGUCGCAUGGACGAUUGCAAAGAGAUCCUUCGCCUUCUUCCAGGGGUUCGAAGUGUUGGAAUUGUGGGCAUGUGGGAUCACACUCGCCAAAGAUGGUAUGCUGCUUCUCUAUUCUGGUCUUACUCGCCUUUGCGCCUCUUUUCCGAAGAGUCAGAGGUGAAGUACAUGACUGCUUUUUGCGAUGUCAUCCUUGCAGAGCUUCAACGAAUUGAGGCCCAGAACUCGGAUCGCGCGAAGUCGGACUUCAUUUCUACCAUCAGCCACGAGUUACGGAGCCCUCUGCAUGGGAUCCUAGGAAGCGUGGAAUGUCUUCAGGAGACGGAGACGGACUCUUUCAGUACUGAUCUGAUUUCACAAGUCGAAAUCUGCGGCAGGACCCUGCUUGAUAUCAUCGAUCAUCUUCUGGACUUCAGCAAAAUCAACCACCAAGCAAAAACAAAAGCGGUGAACCGAGGCAAAAUCUCGAACAACCCUGCCAAGCGAGAUCGUAUGGGAGGUAUGAUGGCUUUGGACGCCGAUGUCUGGCUAGAUCAAAUCACCGAGGAAGUGGUGGAGACUGCUGUCUACUCUUUCUGCUGCAGUCGAGAAGCAGAGAUGAUCAUGAACCGGAACGUAGCGGUGAUUCUGGAUAUCGAUCGCUCAGCCGACGUUGACUGGAGAUGCCACGUACCGAUUGGAGCUUGGAAACGAAUCUGCAUCAACCUCGUCAGCAAUGCCCUCAAGUAUACGAGCAGCGGCCACAUUCGCGUUUCCUUGAAAGCCCACGCGAUCCCGGAUAAGCGGAAACGGUUCAACGUUACCUUUUCUGUCAGUGACACUGGACGAGGGAUGUCGCGAGACUUUCUGGAGAAUCACCUCUUCAGAGCGUUUGCCCAAGAAGAUAGCUUAGUUGAAGGAACUGGUCUUGGCAUGAAUCUGGUGGCCAAGAUUGUCAAGUCACUUGAUGGACGCAUCGAAGUUCAAAGUGAAAAGGGCAUAGGUUCGACUUUUGCGAUUACUCUCCCCUUGGAACGAAGCCGACCGGCCAGAGACGCAACGGGCAAGAGCUCGCGAAAGACGCUUGAGUCCUCUGUUAAAGGAAUUGCUGUUGGGGUCAUCGACAACAGCGCCACGCCGCUUGCAUCUGUGGGAGAGGUGCCUGAUCAGACAGCCCGGUCCCUGAUUGUCGAGAGCGUGCACAAGACACUGACCCAAGUAGGAGUUGACACACUUCAAUGUACUUGGGCUGGCGACGACAAAGCUGAGGUCUAUCUUGUCACAGAGGGUGAGCUGAACGACGAGCUGAAACGUCGACGAGAUAUGGGCUGUGCCGACCAGCUUAUGUCACCGAGUGCGUUGAGCAACAAACCGUUCAUCGUUCUAUGUGACAGCACCUUGUCUGCACGUCGGAUAAGAGCACCAGGUCUUGGCAAUAUUGCCAAUGGAUACAUCGAGCUGAUCGCACAGCCUGCGGGUCCCGAUCGUUUGGUCAAGGCCAUUGCUUCCUGCGUACGGCAUAGGUCACUCACCAAUGAGCCGACGCCAUUGGUCAGUACCAUCCAGGAUAUCGCUGCGAUCACACCACCUGCAGAUGAGCACAUCAGCACUGAUAAUCUGCCGUCUCGGUCCCGCAAGGACACCUGCUUGGACAAUCCCACUGCUGAUGAUUACAAGAAGUCCGACGCGAAAACUGAAGCCCACAAAGCGGAGGCAGAACGACUGCGCGUUGAGAAGCUCAAUCGCGGGCUUGCAAGCGACUACAAGUUUCCUCGGAUUCCAACGCCCUCACUCAACGGUUCGAAGCCUAGAGUCAGCGCGGCCGGUUCAGCUUCGAAAGCAACCCAGACAAAAAAACCUCCUGAGAGAAAGGAUGCGGGCGUCUCGCUUCUCUUGGUGGACGAUAACCCCAUCAAUCUUCAACUUCUAGUCACGUACGCCAAGAAGAACGGCCACAGAAAAGCGGUCGCUACCGAUGGCCAACAAGCUGUCGAAGCGUACAAGAAGGCUUGUGACGAGGCUGGCUAUGACAACAAGAUCAAUCAUCGGCCUGUAAGCCGCGACGGAGUCAAAGCUCCUAUCAAACCGCAGGUCGUUCUUAUGGAUAUCAACAUGCCUGUCCUAGAUGGCUUCGAGGCUACGAGGCAGAUCCGUACUUUCGAGAAGUCGAAGGGCAUAGAGCCUGCAAAGAUCAUCGCUUUGACGGGUCUGGGCAGCGCGAGCGCACAGCAGGAAGCGUUCACUUCGGGUGUUGAUCUAUUCCUAACGAAGCCUGUCCGGCUCAAAGAACUCACGAAAAUCUUGGAUGGUAUAAAGAAGGAUUGA